AUGUCUUCCUUUUUCGGUCAGUUGAAUCCUUCUUUCUUACCGGGUCGGACUUCAAUUUCCCGUUCAGAUGGUUUAUCAAUCAGAAAAGGGGAUAAUCCCCAAACCGAUUUUAAGCAAGAUAGUCCUCAUCGAGCUUUUGUUCGGUUGCUAUCAUUCAAUUCGUCCUCGUUAUCUACGUCAUUGAAUUCUCUUCACCAAAAUCAAUUACUGUACAAAAACAACAGCAAGAGGGUACUGUCAGUUGAUGCUGAUUCGUUAUUAUCUUCUGAUUUUAUUGUUAAUGCUCGAUUUGCAAUCAACCCCCGAAAGCAAGCGUCGCAAUUCAAGAUACAUGCAACAAUUACAGAAACUGAACAACCAAAAUGGUGGGAGAGAAAUGGAGGACCAAAUAUGAUUGACAUCCAUUCAACACAAGAGUUUUUGAACUCCUUAAGUGAAGCUGGAGAUAAAUUAGUUAUUGUUGAAUUCUAUGGAACAUGGUGUGCUUCUUGUCGUGCUUUAUUCCCAAAGCUUUGCAAAACAGCACAAGAACACCCUGAAAUCUUGUUCUUGAAAGUCAACUUUGAUGAGAACAAACCGAUGUGCAAGAACUUGAAUGUGAAAGUUCUUCCUUAUUUCCAUUUUUAUCGUGGAGCUGAUGGACAACUCGAAUCUUUUUCAUGUUCACUUGCCAAAUUUCAGAAAAUUAAGGAUGCAAUUCAGACACAUAACACGGAUCGAUGCAGCAUUGGACCAAUAAAAGGUGUUGGAGAUGUAAACCUUGAAACUGUGUCAGCUCCAAAGAACAAACCAGCUGUGUAGCUUUCAUUGAUUCUAUUAUGCCAUUUUUAUAUCAUGUUUAUAGUUUUUUCAUCACUAAUUCUGUAAUGUUCAUGAGAGAUUAUACAUAUAUUUUUAGUAUAUAUGUCUUUGUUUUGAUAAAAUAUGAGUUAUGAGUCUGGCAAUUACAGGGAGUUUUUUUAUGUGUGGUUUAUUGAUGGUUGUAUACUUCUGUCGACACUCAAAGUUAUAGUAUAUAUGUUGAUAUAGGAUAUAGGACAAUAUAAAUGUGUGAUAAAUUUUCUUAUGUUGAAUAAAUUAGAAAUAUU